AUGGAGGUCUAUCUAACGUAUGGAAUUAUUUUUUUUAUUUCGUUUGUACUUUUAUUUUGUGCGCAUUUUUUCAAAGUUGAAGUAAACUGUUGGUUUUGCAAUCGGAAUUUUCCUGUUGAAUAUUCGAUUCGAAAAUCGUUCGUUUGUCCAUUUUGUGACCAGUAUAAUGGUUUUACAAAUAGCGGUGAUUAUGACAAAAUUAUUCGUGAACAAAGAUAUGAGUAUCUUAAUCCACCAUCAAGUAGAAAGGCUGAACACUUAAAUCGAUUAAAACAGAAAUUGGAACCGACAGAUAAUGGUAUUUGUAAUCGAUGUAAUGCUACACAAAAUCUUAUUCAAACUGAAAUAAAUAGUUUUGAACCGAAGAAUGAGAACAAUUAUGCGAAUGAAUUAAACGAAUUUAAAUCGCGUCUUCAUCGAGCAUAUCCAUUGUGUCGUGAAUGCGAAGUAUAUCUGAUGGUACUGAUAUUUCUCGAUUAUUCAGAAGAAAGCAAGGAUGUUUUGUUAUCGCGAUUAGGUUUUUCAUCGAUAUUAACUGUUCUUUCAUUUGCUGUGACUUUUCUGCCUCGAAAAUUGUUACAUCGCAAAAGGCAGAAUAGUAUUCUGAAAAGCGCAUUUUCGAUCGCGAGUACUCCACAGUCUCAGUGUAGUACGAUUUCUACUUCUUCUGCCUAUGAAACGGCUUCAAAUAAUAAAAAAGGAAUGUCAACAUGUUCUAUUUAUAACGAUAACAGUAAAUCAAUUCGAGAUUCGACACCACGAGAAUUGGGAUUUUUAUUAAGUGGACUUCGAUUGGAGAGAUCUGACAUGGAUGAGAAUUCUGUGCUAAAUAGGAAAUCUCGAGGUUUUUUUACGAACAAUUAUUUCUCUAUUUUUAUUAAAUCACUGUUUAAAAUUAAUUUUAAUUAA